ACGGGUUACUUAAGGUGUAAGCUGCUGGAAGUUCUGUGAACUUCGACACGAUUUAGAAGCACAUACGCAGUUUGGAGCUGACAGAAUAUAGCAAAGAUGGCAGGCAGAGACAAAGCUACAAACCAACUGGCAGAAUUCAAGAAAGCCCAAUCGAAGCCCGAUGUGCUGACCACAGGAACAGGUGCCCCAGUGGGCACUAAGACAGCUACCCUGACCGCUGGGCCAAGAGGACCUGUCCUUAUUCAGGAUUUCACCUUUACGGAUGAAAUGGCCCACUUCAACAGGGAACGAAUCCCAGAACGAGUUGUCCAUGCCAAGGGAGGAGGUGCCUUUGGAUACUUUGAAGUGACCCAUGACAUCACAAAGUACUGUAAGGCCAAGCCAUUUGAAUUUGUCGGGAAGAAGACUCCUGUGGGCAUCCGUUUUUCAACAGUUGGAGGAGAGAGUGGGUCUGCAGACUCUGCGCGUGACCCCAGAGGAUUUGCGGUUAAAUUUUAUUCAGAAGAUGGAAACUGGGAUCUGGUUGGCAACAAUACACCCAUCUUCUUCAUCCGUGACCCAAUGUUGUUCCCUAAUUUUAUUCACACACAGAAGAGAAAUCCGCAGACUCAUCUGAAGGACCCUGACAUGUUCUGGGAUUUCAUCUCACUGCGGCCAGAGACCACGCACCAAGUAUCCUUCUUAUUCUCUGACCGAGGAACACCUGACGGCUUCAGACGAAUGAAUGGCUACGGAAGUCACACAUUCAAGAUGGUCAACAAAGAGGGCACACCUGUGUACUGUAAAUUCCACUUUAAGACUGACCAGGGCAUCAAGAACUUGAUGGCUGACCAAGCUGCAGAACUGUCCAAGUCUGACCCUGACUAUGCUAUCCGGGAUCUCUUCAAUGCUAUCUCAGAGGGUAACUUCCCCUCAUGGUCACUCUUCAUCCAGGUCAUGACCUUUGAUGAGGCAGAGAAAUUCAGAUACAAUCCAUUUGAUCUUACAAAAAUAUGGCCACAAGGAGAGUUCCCUCUGAUCCCAGUCGGACGGAUGGUACUUAACAGAAAUCCCAAGAACUACUUUGCAGAGGUUGAACAGAUUGCAUUCUCACCUGCUCACAUGAUUCCUGGUAUCGAGGCUAGUCCUGAUAAAAUGUUACAGGGACGUCUGUUCUCUUACUCGGACACCCACCGUCACAGACUGGGUAGUAACUACCUCCAACUAGCCGUCAACUGUCCCUUCAACACCAAGGCCAAGAACUACCAGCGUGAUGGGCCACAGUGUGUGGGCGACAACCAAGGUAAUGCACCAAACUACUUCCCCAACAGUUUCUCUGGUCCACUGGACAACAAACAAUUCUUGGAGAGUCCUUUCUCUAUCACUGGUGAUGUUCAGCGAUACGAAACUGCUGAUGAGGACAACUUCUCACAAGUCACUGUCUACUGGAACAAGGUGUUGAAGCCAGAGGAACGUCGUCGUUUGGUAGAGAAUAUUGCAGGUCACUUGAAAAAUGCCCAAGACUUCAUCCAGAGGAGAACAGUACACAACUUUACACAGGUCCAUCCUGACUUUGGAGGUGGAAUCCAAAAACUUCUGGACUCUUACAAGAAACAGUCUGGAAUGUCUGCUCAGCUCUAGACGGACAGGAUUACCAGAAAAGAACUGCGAGAUAAAACCAGUAGUGUUCUUGAUAGUGACCUAGAUAAUUAUGCUGUCAUAUAUUUUGACCUUCAUUAUCAGAGGACUUGACUUCACCAAUGUGAUAAUUUACAAUCAGUGCUUAUGAUAACAUAAUCUUGGGAUAAAAAGGUUUUUUUAAAAAUUUGAAAGGAAGAAAAAUUAAAAUUAAAUGCAAUCUUCUCAAGCAUUGGAAACAAGGUGAAUUUCAUCUGUGAAAUAUUGAUACAUUCCUAUCUGACAAGUGCAAAACAGAUUCACAUCUACAAGUUCAGGAUUUUGUGCUGUUUCAUUGUUAUUGAGAUUGUAAUAAGAAUGAGACCUUUUUAAAGCUACAGAUCACAUGUAAUAUGUGAAGGUAUAACUGCUUUUGGUCUACUGUAUUUUAUCUGGACACGAGUAUAGUGAGCUUGAUAAGCAGAAUUUUACAAUGACAGAACUUAUCUGAGCGGACAUAUCUCUACACUCGACCUUGUUCUCAUAUUCUAACAUGUUUUUGUGUAGGCCUGUCCUUGUUAGAUAUAGAUUAACUAGAGGUCAAAGUUCAAAAGCUAUUGGCAUCAAUCCAGAGUAACCUUAUUUUUCAAUGUUUUGUCUUCUGGAGAUAUUUCUUAUAUACUGACUAUGUAUACAUGUUUUAGCGUUUUCUUUUUGUCUGCAUUUUGUUGUCCCUGAAAUGUUGAUCAUGAAAGCCAUUUUGAUGCUUCCCCAAGUACACAAGAUUUUAUAACAGAGAUGUACAUAUUUUGUUAAUUUUCAAAGUGAAAUGAUUUGAUCUUUCUGCAAACAGAUAUGACAUGAUAUACGCUGCGAGGACAGUUUAUGUGAUGAUAACAUUAUGAUGUUUAUGUGUGUGUUAAUUGAGAUUGAUUAUUGAUUUAUUGAUUUUUUUUCUUGUUGAUUUAAAAAAAAGAAAUUGUUGUGAAUAAAGUGCUUACAAAUUCUUAUUGAAAUCAUCUUCAUACUUGGUAUCACAGAUUAAAAAAUGCAAUUUCUUUUUUUGCUCAGAAAAACUGAAAUUAUAUGCUGCAAAUAUAUAAAUGGCAAUUGUAUUUACAAAGAAAGUUUGUGAUAUUUGAAGAAAUCAUUCUAUUGGAUUGAUUCUAUAUGUGAGAGAAUAAUCAGGAAUUAUGAUAAAUAAAUAUUGAUAUAUGUCUUGAAA